AUGGCUGUGGCAGAAUGCGUGAGCAAACACCCUCUCAAGGAGCUCAUUCUGAGCGAAAACAAGGUUGGCAAUGAAGGUGCUACGCAUCUUGCAGAAGCCUUCGGCAAGGAUUGUGGCCUGGUGUCGCUGCACCUGUCUUGGUCAGAUGUCGCGGAUGAGGGUGCCAGCGCUUUGGCCGAAUGCCUCCCUCGACAGCAGCAAUUGAGGGAGCUGUGGCUCACCAACAACAAAAUCGAGGAUGCUGGUGGUCUUGACCUGGCAGCCGCCAUGGAAGCACAUGGUCUCUUGAGGCUCUUGGCGCUUGACCGCAACAAGAUCACUGAUCAAGGUAUCACAUGCUUUGUCUCUGCACUCGUCCGCAUGUGCAAGAAGGACCUCACCUGUAGCCUGGGGCAUAACAUUUCCAGCCGCUUCGAUGAGGACACCCUCCGCAACUUGAGUGUUGCAGCGGCAACUGUAAGGACAAUCUGCAAAAGGGCUAUGCGGCUCGACAUGAUGCUGAAGUUCUGGCAGGAUUCCACAUCAGUUGGCCUUGUAGCGCAGCACUCGAGCACAGAGGAAGUUGUCGACGUGGUGAUAUUACCUGAGUCCAAAAGGUACGGUGCUUGCUACGCUGAGUUUUUCCAUUCUUGGAGCCCCGAGAGUUACGUGGCGCAUUCGUGGAAGGGCCUCUUCAAAGAUUUGCUGCUCGCGAUCGCCAUGCAUGCGUCUGGCUUCACGCAGCCCAAGCUAGACCCAACCCACGAACAGUAUGGGCGACGCCCUGAAGCGCUCAUGAGGCGGUACUUCGUCGACAUGUUCUGCAUUGAUCAGGCGAACCGCCUGCCCCGAAUGAAUCCACGGUGCGAGACUGACAAGGUGGACUUCGUCAUUCAAGAGUUGAGUCGGAAAGAAGUCAAGCUCGUUGUGGCAAUGGACAGGGACCAUACUCCCAUGGUGCGUACUUGGUGCCUCGCGGAAGUGUACUUUGCCAAGAAGUCUCACAUGCAAGUCUUGGUGAGUUUCGGUCCCAUUCGAUCAAUGCCUCGAAGACGCAAAGGUAUGACAUGGGCAGAGUCGCAGGCUUCAUUAGAAGACGAUCUGCAUUUCUUGAAGCAGGAGAUGCUCCGUGGGCCUGGGAUUGGAGAGAAGUUUGAGGAGGAGGUCAUCAAGCCUCUGCAAAAGCAGACCUUGGAAACAUACCGCGCAGUCUACGAGUUGAUGCCAGUGGAGCAGAAAGAGGAGUGUGAUUGGAUGAAAGCCCAGGAUGAAGCACGGGAGGACAUGAAGAUGUUCGCAGAGAACGGCAACGUGGAGAAGUUGGGCGAGGCAAUAAAUGCAGGCAUCACAGUGCAAAUUGAGGAAAGCUUCAUGUUGCCAAUGCGGCAGCGGUUUGCCCAACUUGAGGUGGCCCUGACAUUGAACACGGAGGCAAGGUUUACAGUGGAAGAACACAUUCUGGAGCUGAAGCGGACUCUGCUGGCAGCUGAAGAGGCAGGUGUUGAGGAUGCCGAUCUCUUCAGUCGGGCGCGACAAAGGCUGUGGGAGCAAGAGGAGGAGGUACGGAGGCAAAAUGAGCGCAAGGCUCUCGUUGCGUUGUCUCAGAAUGGCAGCGACGAGGAAAGGCGGGAGGCACGCAAGAUCCUUGUCUUCUUGGAGAUGGCAGAUGCUGUCGAGGCUCGAGACUUGGAGGCUUUGCUGCGCUUGGUGCCAGAAGCAGAAGCAGCGGUCGUCGAGUCCCACCAGGAAGAUGAGGUGGCGGCUGGCUGGCGCUUGAUCCGUGAGUUGGAGCUGCUGGCGGCGGUAAAACGCCGAGACCUGAAGGAGAUGCGGCAGCGUCUUGACGCUGCUCGUGCUGUCAAUGUCGAGGAAGAGAAGGUGCUCGAAGCUUCGCGCAAGCUGGCCCUUGGUGAAAUCAAGGAAGGUACGAAACUGCAGGAUGCGGAGAUGCUGCUGCGUGCCCUGGACGAGGGCAGGGCCGCAGGGCUGACGGAGAACCAGUUGUACACAGGCAAGAGCGCGUACCUGAAAAUGCAGGCCGCAGCUGUUGCAGAAAGCACGGACAUGGAGGAUUUUCGAAGCGUCUUGGCCGUGGCUGCUGAAAUGGGACUGCCAGAGCACCAGGACUUGGCGGGAACGCGACGCAGGUUGGCGCUGUUGGAAUUGCGUGAAGCUGCCGACGGCACCGGCAUCAGCAAACUCCAGCAGUGCAUCCAGUCGGCUAAAGAACAUGGCGUCGACAAGGACGACAUCGACAAGGGCACCUUCAGGCUAUGUGUCCUGGAGCUGCAGCAGGCCACGGUCGAUUUCGACUCAGAACGACUCAGGGACGCCAUGUUGGAAGCCAAGGAGCGAGCGGCACCUGGCGAACUGUUCCCUCCAGCCAAGCGCAAGCUGGCCAGCAUUUUCCCUGAGGCCUUCACAGAAUGGAUGCUCGUCGAGCUUGAAGAGACUCUCGCUGCUUUGGAUGAUGACUCCUCGUCUGGCGACCUUCGAGCUGUCUUGCAGGAGGCUGCAGAAGCGAAGGUAGAAGAGGAAGACCUGAAGCGCGCGGAGGAGAGGCUUGCAAAGCUCGAAUUACGAGAAGCCGCCACCAUGUCAGACCUCCCAGAGAUUGAGCGCAUUCUUAACAACGCUCAAGUUUACGGCUGGGACGUGUCUCAGGGAUCAGCUGGCGCGAUGUACGAGGCUGCUAGCGUCCGCCGUCGAGAGCUGCAAGCAGAGGAGCGGAAAGUGGAUUGCAAGCAGAACUUGGAUCUUGCCGUUCUGACCCUGGACUUGAACAUGAUGCGCCAGUACAUUGAGGAAGCUAAAGAGCUGGGGCUUGACAAAGAGGUGAUCGAAAGAGCCGAGGCGAAGUAUCAGGAGUAUGCGUAG